AUGUCUCUACUCAUAGGUGGUAUUGUCCUAUCGUUGAUUGUUGCAUUGGUGAUUGGAAAAUUUGUAUUCAAGAGAGGCAUAUUGGCCAUGAUUACCUUGACACUAUAUCAUGUGUUUUUACUCUUGGAAAAUUCUGGAUUUUCCAUCCGAAAAUCAUCUUUGAAAAGGGAGGAAAAUUUAUCGAAUGAUGAAAAGGGAGCAAUUGAAAGACAAAAAGCAUUGGAAGGAUUGGAUAAUAGAGAAUUGGCAACUCUUCGUUUGGUUGAUUUGAUUUUUGGUUCAUUGAAAUAUUCACUUCCUCCUCUUCCUGCAAAUCAAAAACCUUACACUGCCGAACAAAUUGUGGAAAAUUGUAGAAUUUUGAAGAAUAGGUCAAGUGAUGCAAUUUUUGCACUCAAUGCUGGUCCAUUCCAUCAACCUGAUGAGAGACCAGAUUUUACCCUAAAAGGAAGUUCUGUUAAAAGUUUAUAUUUCAAUUUCUCAAAGAAUCAAAAGAGAAAGAUUGCAAUUUUACACUUCCAUGGAGGUGCCUACGUUUCAGGUGUUUCAGAUUUGUGUUAUAUUCAUGAGAGAUGGUGCUCUGAAAAUUCAUUCGAUCUACUUGGAUUGGAAUACACAACCUAUCCACAAUCAACAGUUGAACAAAUUACUGAAGAAGCAUUCAGAGCUUUCAAAUGGCUUGUUGAUGUGAAGGGACAUUCGGAAAUUUAUGUCAUUGGUGAAUCUGCUGGUGGUAAUUUAUGUUGGCAAAUUGCAGAUAAAAUUUCUCAGUUGAAUCCUUCAACAGAUGCCAAUUAUGUGAAUGCUCUCAAAGGUGCCAUCUUACUUUCUCCUUGGUGUGAUAUGGAAAUGGAUACUCCACCGAGUAGAGAUCUCUUUCAUCAGGAUAGACUCAUUCGAAAUGAAAAGAUUAGAGAAUGGAAAUUGAAUGGAGUACCAUGUGGACUAGGUCAACAAGAAAAAACUCAAAUUCUAUCUCCUUAUCAUUGGAAUAGAGAGAAAUGGCAAAGAAUUGCAUCUGUACUGCCAAAAGGAAUGUUCAUUUCGUAUACUUCUGGAGAAAGAUUGAAUUAUGAAAUUGGAUCAGUCUUGGAAAAAUUGAAAGGAAUUGAUAAUGUGAAUGUUUUGGUAGAAAAGAUUCCAUUCCAUGUCUUUCAUAUUUUCGUCGAUUAUUUACCAGAUCACUACAAGAGAACUGUCAAUGGUAUUCUAAACUUGAUUCGAUUGUAA